AUGGAAUUGAGGGAUUACAGCCGUCGCGAUCCAACAUCACCGCCCGAGGAUUGGGAACUAACGAGCCCUUCGAUUGCCAGGAAGCCUAUAGGCGCCAGCAAACUAUCUCCCUCGCCAUAUACCUCCCCCGAUUACGCCACGACCUCCUUUUCCCAGCGCGCAGGUCAACAACCUUUCCUACCACGACAAGAUACAACCGACACAACCUACUACGGCGCUUCAACACCACUGGGGAUAUGGGAACCCUCAGCCCCUCAUGCGCCGGGUUCCGGUCGACCGCAACCUUAUAGAGAGGAUAGUCAAGCUUCACUCUUGAUGAGCGGCGAUGGUCCAAGAAAUCCUCCUCCGCACAUGCCCCAGGCCGGUCAAGGUCCCCCUCCGCCGACUCCCCCGCACAAUAAUAAGUUUUGGGAUUGGUGGCAUCACAAUUGGAGGCCAUCUUGGAGCAUGUACAUUCUCGUCUUGUCAGGAAUUGCUUUCGCUAUAGGCCAUCAUUUCUACUACGACGCCCUUCAUGGCAAAGUCGCAAACGAUCAGCAGGGCAAGCUUCGAUAUGGCGCCCUUCUGGCCUUCUUGUCAAAAGCAUGUUUCCUCAACGCCGUCGUCCUAGCUUUCCGCCAGAGAGUAUUGAUGAUGAUCCGUCGCAAGAUGCUUACACUGGCUACUCUUGACUCGCUUUUUGCAGCGUCUGAAGACCUGACAGCUUUGCUCAACUGGGAGGCCUGGGUAAAUGCUAAGUUCGCCAUGGCUCUGACAAUAUUUAUUUGGACGUCGCCUCUGAUUGUCAUAUUCACAUCCUACACCCUGACCGUCAGGCCUCAGCGAAAGGAUGAGAUGACGCGAUGUCCAAACGCUCGCACCCUGAACUUUGAGCACGAAGAGGUGGUUUACUGGAGAGAUCCAGUCAAGGUCAAUAAUUACUUCGAGACCUCUGUAUCCGUAUGGAACACGACCGCAGCUGGCGACAGUAUCAACAAAACCAAUCCCAACGAGUUUGACUAUUUCACCAGCAACAGUCAACAGUUCGAGUCUAUUGCCCUCAAGACGGCAUACGCGCAGCAAGCAAUCAUGCGACCCAAUGCGCCGGAAGAGAUUUGUGGUGCAGGUUGGAAUUGCUCUUACACCAUCGAAUUUACUGGUCCAGGAUACAAAUGCACAAACUUGGCCUCGGGAGUUAGGGCGGAUGUCAAGAAGCUUGGUAACGCAAAGUGUCCGUUCGACACAAACGCCCUUGCGCCCUUAGGAAACUACACAUACUAUGCAAUGCUCGACCGAGGCGAUUACGAAAACCCACAAAUCCCGGCAGACAUCGGCGGAAGGCCCAAGCAGAAACCGCCAUAUCCGAAAAACCUGGGGGCAUUCCGGACCGAGCCCAUCCUAUGGUUUGGCUAUGCUGAGGUGGACGACAGAGAGAAGUCCCAGCCAUCGGACCCAGGUAAAGGCGACUGGUACAAAGCUUACACCCCGACCAUCUUUGGGUGCGAGCACUACCAAACCGAGUACAAGGUUCAAUUAAACUACACUGGUGGUGUUCAGUCUCAUAAUGUGACGAGCCGCAAGUUUGUUAAAAAGGUGAUCGACACAACCUUUGUACCCGGCAAAAAGGACCCGGACAAAAGACUUAAGGAUCGGACUGUGGCGGAACCCGAGGAGAAUUAUGUAUACCCUCAAAACAUUACGGAUUACCGACUGACGGCCGCGUACCAUGCUGUGGGAUCCCAGCUGCGAACGAUUCUGAACGGCACCACGACGAUGCCGCAUUUCAUCGUCAAUAGCAAGAUCCUCCAGACGAGGCUUGUUGACCGCCUAAAUUACCUUCCCGUCAAGAACUUUCCCCUCGAAGUGCAAAGGUUUUACGAGGAGAUUUUAAUAUCGUUUCUGUCGGAUCCGCAGAUGUCUGCUGUCUCGUGGGCUGCCAAACCAUCUAACUACUCUGGCAAAUUCAAGAGCGGGAAAGGGCUAGAUUAUCCCUGUGUAAAAUGGCAAGAAAGGAACUCUUUCUUUUACAACUAUGCGCAAUUGUGGGCAGUAUAUGCGAUCUCCAUAGGUAUCACAAUCCUUGCGGUCGCAUCAGGUGUGGCGGCAAUGGAGGAGAACGCCAUCAUGCGAAGCUUAAGCUUCUCCGCCAUUCUUGCCGCAUCGAGAGCUUCCAGUCUCGAUAAACUACGAUGGGAGCAAGAGGCUGAACUCAAGAGUCGAAAGAUUGGAUUCGGAGUCGUGGCAGAUCCGACUGGUGAGAGAACAUACUCUUUCGGCGUAGAGGGGGACGUCAGUCAGGAAAAAGAGGCCGCGAUGGCUACAGGGCGCUCGCCGGGCAUCUCGGUGAUGAAUUGGGGCGACAGGGCAGCGCGCAGAAUGAGUUAUGCCAUGUUGAACAAAAGGGACAGACCCGAAGAUUAG